AUGUUUCAGCCCAAAACACAAAAGACAUACAAAGGCCCAAACCUCCAUAGGAGCCCAACCCUGUGCUCAAAACGACGUCGUGGUUCUGGCUUAGAAAUCAUCGGCGGCGGGUCGCUACCCUUUCACUCCCUCGACGAGUCCGUCACUCUCACCCUCUACCACGAGCUUCACGAUCUACCACUAUAUUAUAAAUCCUAUAUAGUCGACUCCUUCACUCUAUCUACCAUUUCCAAACCUCUCACUCUCUCUCUAUACCUACCCACCAUCACCAUGGAAGCAGCCUCUCCAGCUCUCUCCCGGAUAGGCUUAGCAGGUCUUGCCGUGAUGGGUCAAAACCUUGCCCUGAAUAUCGCCGAAAAGGGCUUCCCAAUCUCCGUCUACAAUCGUACGAUUUCCAAAGUGGAUGAAACUCUUGAUCGAGCUCAAAGGGAAGGCCAGCUACCAUUAAUAGGCCAGCACACACCUCGUGAUUUUGUCCUCUCAAUUCAAAAACCCAGGUCCGUUGUCAUCCUCGUCAAGGCUGGUGCACCGGUUGAUCAGACCAUCGCUGCCCUUGCCGCGCAUAUGGAACCCGGCGACACGAUCAUCGACGGAGGCAACGAGUGGUACGAGAACACCGAGCGCCGCAUCCAAGAGGCCCAAGCCAAAGGCCUUCUCUAUCUGGGUAUGGGCGUUUCGGGUGGCGAAGAUGGUGCUCGUCACGGCCCGUCUUUGAUGCCAGGUGGGUCCUACGAGGCAUAUCUGAACAUCAAAGACAUUGUAGAGAGAGUUGCUGCUCAAGUAGAGGAUGGGCCUUGUGUGACCUAUAUUGGAGAAGGUGGGUCUGGCAAUUUUGUUAAGAUGGUACACAAUGGGAUUGAAUAUGGUGAUAUGCAGCUCAUUUCGGAAGCCUAUGAUGUGUUGAAGAAUGUUGGAGGGCUUUCCAAUGGUGAAUUGGCCGAGAUUUUUAGUGAGUGGAAUAAGGGGGAGUUGGAGAGUUUCUUGGUCGAAAUAACGGCGGAUAUUUUUAGAGUGACUGAUGAACAUGGUGAUGAUGAAUUGGUGGAUAAGAUUUUAGAUAAGACUGGGAUGAAGGGUACUGGAAAGUGGACUGUUCAGCAGGCGGCGGAGUUAUCCGUGGCCGUGCCCACCAUUGCCGCCUCCUUGGAUAUCAGGUUUAUGAGUGGGUUGAAGGAAGAGAGAAAGGCAGCCUCCAAGGUUUUUCAGGAGGCAGGGUUGGUUGAGGAGGUUAAAAAUCUGGAGGGUGAGGGUGUUGACAAGAAGAUGUUGAUUGAUGAUGUGAGGCAGGCGUUGUAUGCAUCAAAGAUUUGUAGUUAUGCUCAGGGUAUGAAUUUGUUGAGGGCCAAGAGUGUGGAAAAAGGGUGGAAUUUGAAUUUGGGGGAAAUGGCGAGGAUUUGGAAAGGCGGGUGUAUCAUAAGGGCGGUGUUUUUGGACAGGAUUAAGAGAGCGUAUCAAAGGAAUCCAAACUUAGCGAAUUUGGUGGUGGAUCCUGAGUUUGCCAGGGAGAUGGUGCAGAGGCAGGCAGCUUGGAGGAGAGUUGUGAGGUUGGCUAUGCUCAAAGGGAUUAGCACUCCGGGGAUGAGUGCUAGUCUUCAAUAUUUUGAUACAUAUAGGCGUGCCAGGCUUCCCGCGAAUCUUGUUCAAGCUCAGAGGGACUAUUUCGGGGCACAUACCUAUGAGAGGAUUGAUCGACAAGGAGCAUUUCAUACUGAGUGGUCAAAGCUUGCUCAAAAGUAGCAAGAUUUCAAUUGAGAUUUAGUGUCAUUGGAUCAUUUCAUUGUUCUCAUUUGGUUGGUGUUUUAGAGGUUUCUAUUUGAAUUUUGUUUUAUUUUCUGUUGAGAAUUAACUGCUUAGGCAUUGCAAUUGUUCUUUGGCCUUUGCAUUGUACGUUUGUGGUGAAUAAGACACGCAUGCCUUUUGAGUAUCACUGAGGGUUAAUAUCUUCAAAUCAUUGCUUUUAUGGCAGUUAAGAAGAGAAAAUCUCCAUGAUCUUUUUCCACUGUUAUUUGAC